AUGGAGAAUCUGAAGAAGGUUGCACAAGAAGUAAUAAAUUAUGAGGGCAUUGAUGAAAAGAUGAAGAAAUUAAAAAGGAAAUGCGACCAUUUAAAGAGUAGAGAAGAAGAUGUCAAGGCAGAGCUCGAAUAUGCAGAAGGCUUAUUGUUGAAAAAACGAAGGAAAGUAGUUGAAAAUUGGUUGGCAAAUGCUGCAAGCAUAGCAAAUGAAGUUGAAGUUGAGAUGAUGGAGCAACAAGUUCUUGAAAGUAGCUGGCGUUUUUCAAAUUUGCUACAUGAACCGAAAAUAGCAAGAUUAACUGCAGGAGUGACAGAGCUCAUUCGGCAAGGUCAAGGAAUUCCUUCUCGUGGAAAUGGAGCACUUUCUCCUGAAAUUGAGCCCAUUGCAAAGUCUCUCACAGGAAAAUGUUCUGGUCUUCCUCUUGCAAUAAAAACAGUGGCAGGAUCCAUGAGGGGGGUCGAAGACAUAAGUGAGUGGAGAGAUGCACUUGAAAAAUUGAAAGAACCAGCGGCAGAGCAUGAUGAUGACAUUGGAAUUGAGUGCUUUUUAUAUUGCUCAUUGUUUCCUGAAGACUAUCAAAUUGAUAGAGAAACAUUGAUUGAGCAUUUUAUUGAUGAGGGAUUCGUUGAUGGAUUGAGAAGUAGGCAGGCAGAAUUGGAUAGGGGCCAUACCGUGUUAAACAAACUUGAAAAUGUUUGCUUAUUGGAAGCUGUUAUAAGUAAAGACGAUGGAAAAAAGUAUGUGGAGAUGCAUGAUUUGGUAAGAAGCAUGGCCAUCCAAAUUGGAAGAGAUAAAUUUCAAUUUUUAGUAGAAGCUGGAGAACAAUUGAGAGAGAAAGCGGGAGAAGAAAAGUGGGCAGAGGAUCUUAAAAAAGUUUCUUUAAUGGAUAAUCUCUUAUCACAUAUUCCUUCUAGUAUAUCGCCAAAAUGUCUGAGACUUACAACACUGAUGCUAAGUGAAAAUUUCUUCCUAAAAAUCAUUCCAGAUUGUUUUUUCAGUCAUAUGCCUCAGCUCAGAGUUCUUGAUUUGUCUCGUACGGGGAUUAUAAAUCUGCCCACAUCAAUUUCAGAGUUGGUGAAUCUAAUCGCGUUAUGGCUUGAAUGGUGCGGGAAAUUGGAGUAUGUACCAUCUUUAGAAAAUCUCAAGGCAUUAAGGAGGCUGAACCUUAGAGGGACAGCUAUAACAGAAGUACACCAUGGUUUGGAUAUGCUGUUGAAUCUGAGAUAUCUCAAUCUUGAAGAAACAGCAAUAGAAGAGAUACCAGAUGGCAUUUUAUCCAAACUCUCUUGUCUUCAAUAUCUUGCAAUUUACUCUCCACUUCGUGUGAGAGGAGAGGAGAUAGUGAAGUUGAGUAAGCUUGAAACAUUUAAAGGGUUCUUGUAUGAUAUGAACGACUUUAAUACGUAUGUAAGACGGAGAGAAUAA